AUGGCCAGCACCUCAAGCGACCCACAUCCCCACACAAAGAGCGGACAGCCUAUCUGGCUCCGCGCAGAAGAUAAGCCAUUCGAAGCGCGAGCUGCCCUCACGCCUACGACUGCCAAACAGCUGCUUGAUCAAGGAUGGGAUGUCACCGUCGAGCGCGACCCUCAGCGCAUCUUUGAGGACAAGGAGUACGAAGAUGUCGGCUGUACCAUCGUGCCUCAUUCGUCCUGGACGACCGCUCCUCAUUCGGUACCUAUCCUCGGCCUCAAAGAGCUACCCGUCACGACAGAUCCCCUGCCGCACACUCACGUUCAGUUCGCUCACUGCUACAAGCAACAAGCAGGCUGGCGCGAUGUCCUUGCACGCUUCAGAGCAGGCGGCGGCACUCUGCUUGAUCUCGAAUUCUUGCAAGACGAAAGGGGUCGACGCGUUGCUGCGUUUGGCUACCAUGCCGGCUUCGCUGGAGCUGCCGUAGGAUGUCUUGCACUCUUUAGUCAGGUCGUGCAAAACGACAGAUUGGGCUCGCUCAAGCCGUAUCCGAACGAGCAAGAGCUCAUCGAUGAAGCGCGUACCAAGAUUGCAGAAGUCAAGAAGUCGCUCGGCAGAGGCGUCAGAGCUCUCGUCAUCGGCGCUCUCGGCCGCUGCGGCGGUGGCGCAGUCAGCUUCUUGCGCUCUGCAGGUCUCGAAGAUGGCGAUAUCCUCAAAUGGGACAUGGCGGAAACGGCAAAGGGAGGACCGUUCUCUGAGAUCCUCCAGGUCGACAUCUUUGUCAACUGCAUCUACUUGAGCUCCAAGAUUCCCCAUUUUGUCACGCAAGAGACGAUCAGACAGGCCGGCGAGACGAGGAACCUUUCGGUCAUUGUUGACGUCUCUGCGGAUACGACCAAUCCGAACAACCCUAUACCCGUCUACGACAUCAGUACGACUUUUGACAAACCUACUGUGGAUGUAGCAUCAUCGGCCGGUCCGGUUCUCACAUGCUGCUCAAUCGAUCAUCUGCCCACUUUGCUACCGAGAGAAGCAUCAGAAGCCUUUUCGAAGGAUCUCAUGCCCUCGCUCUUGCAACUGCCGAACCGUCACACGGCGCGCGUGUGGACAGACGCAGAAAAGUUAUUCCGCCAGAAGCUAGCAGAAGCAGAAGCUGCAGCGUGA